GAGGCGGUAGUUUGUGAUUAGUUUUGUAGAUACAACUAAAAUAGCGUAUAGAUCUAUAAUUAAACGUUGGAAAUGACGUACGUAGUACGAUGCUAUUCACAGUGGCACUAGUUUGAUGAUUCUUACCGAGCAUUUUGGUCCAUACGUACAACAUUUGGUGAUAACUGCGAAUGAGAGUUCUUUUGUUGGAGAAAUAGUGCAAAAACAAAGAAAGAGAUUAUUUUAUAUUAAGAAUAUAUAAUAUAUUUACGAGGAAAAUGCAGGAGGAAAAUGUGAAAGAGGGAGAAUGUUCGGUAUGCGGUAAAAGUGCUAAGCUGAAAUGCAGCGACUGCAGGCGCAGCUUUUAUUGUAACAAGGAACAUCAAAAGGAAGACUGGCCACGACACAAGUCUAUUUGCCAUGCAUGGGAGAUUAAGGAAAACGAAGAGGUAGGGAGAUAUUUAGUCGCAAAUAGAGAUCUAACGAGCGGUGAAGCGAUCAUUUCAGAAGUACCACUCGUUUGGGGAGCCGCACCUCAUACGCAUAAUAGGGUGUGCAUCGGUUGCGGGUCUCGUUGCGAGUAUAUCGAAACAAGAUGUACCAAGUGCUUAUGGCCGUCCUGCUCUAUUAACUGCCAGGCUCUCUUUGCUAAAGACGGCCACGAGUUGGAAUGUGCCCUUCUUGCAAAAACCAGAAUCUUUCCCAGAUGCGACGUUUUGCUAGCCAUAAGAAUGCUUAUACUUUGGAAGACUAAGUCGAAGCGUUGGAAAUUAUUGGAAAAGCUACAGAGUCACGAAAAUGCUCGCGGUCCUGGGACCGAGGCGUAUGAAGAGGUGCAAGAGGUAAAGAAGCAUCUUGGACCACUUAUCGAGGUCGAUCCUUCCUGCGCUAAGAUUUUACCGAAAAUUUGUGGACUGAUCGAUGUGAACGCGCUCGAAACUAUACCACCGGAAGGUUCCGUCGCUAUUUAUCGUACGGCUUGCCUUUUGGAGCAUCGUUGCUUAGCAAAUACGCGACAUUCGUUUACUUUGGACGAGAAAGGUAGACCGAUUAUUACCGUCACGGCUGUUACCUCGAUUAAAAAGGGCGAACAUUUGAGUACGAAUUAUACUCACGCACUUUGGUCGACCAGAGCAAGGAGGCAACAUUUGCUAGCGACCAAAUAUUUCUCUUGUACGUGCGAACGAUGCGCCGAUCCAACAGAACUGGGAACACAUCUCGGUACUCUGAAAUGUCCUUACAACGACGCUGGACUCGUUCUUCCGAGAGAUCCGUUGGACUUUGAAACGGAAUGGUCCUGCAAUAAGUGUCAAGGUACUCUUCAGGCCUCGGAAGUGAUUCAGUUAACGGACAGACUCGAGGAAGAAGUCGAAGAGGCAAUGAGAUCUCCAAACAAGGCUGCGCUUUCCGAUCUUCUUUCUCGACUUCGCGCUCUUCUACAUCCAGGCCAUCAGCACUGUAUAUCACUUGGACAUUCCUUGAUACAAUUAUUACCGUCUAGAGAUCCACUAAAACUUGAGCUUUGCAAGCUUAUAAUGAAUACCGUCGCCGCGAUAGAUCCUUACUACGCGAGAUUGACACUUUAUGCCGCCAUUACUCUACGAGAACUCGCUUAUUGUCCAGGACAAGACAAGAAGGCACAUUUGUCGAAAGCUGCAACUUUAUUGAUGUCAGAGCCUCCGAAGAGCCCAGGGGCUAAAUUACUGCGACUGAUAAAUUCUGAAUUGAAAUAUGCUUGAUACUGAAUGAUCGAUUCUACAUGUAUCUAUGUAUAAUUUUACGGUCUAAUCCUAUGUAAUUGUAUAGGCUUGAAGCAAAGUGAAAUAAAAAAAGAAAAAAGAAAAAAGAAGAGAAA